CACAGCCGUAUCGGUGGCCGCAAGGGAGAAGAGGAGAAUCUCAUCACGGGAAGACCGGAAGGUGUACCUCUACAUCUGAUCAUCAUAUCUCUUUUUUUUCCUGUCUCUCUCUUGCUUUUUUCCGUUUGAACGAAAUAGUCUCUUCUCUUACACCUGAUCAUCUCUCACAGAAACAGAAUAGGUUUAAAAACAGAAGAGAAGAGUAACGUUACAACGAAGGGAGGGACUAAUGGAGGCAUAAAAAGCAAAGGAGAAGAGAGGAGAAAUUUACCUCUCCCCUAGACUACACUCGAUAAUCUCAAUAUCGCUCUCCUUUGCGCUAUCUCUCUCUGGUCAUGGCGUUGCAGGGAACCAGCCUGCUAGAGAACCCGGUCCAGGCAAUUCUGUACCUUAGAGAAUUGACCACUAUAGUUCAGAACCAGCAGAGCCUCAUCCAGACACAGCGCCUGCGCAUUGAUGAACUGGACCGGCGCGUGGACGAGCUGCUCGGGGAGAACAGGAAUCUGCGCGAGGCAAGAGUACAACAUCAUCAUUAUCAUCAUCACCCGGACUCCAACAGUAACCUUCAUCAUCCUCAGCACCAACAUCCAGACACACAACCCCAUGACACCGGGUCUCUGCCUGCCAAACCUCCGCCUGAAAUCCACCCGGACCAAGAAAAGCCGCCUCUACAACCCGCUUAUCCGGAGGACAUGCAGUUGGUACCCGCCCAGCCGCAGUCAACGAGCCCUCCGCCAAGCGAGGACGGCCCGGGCAAGGGGGAGGACGGCAGGACCAGCCCGGGCUGCCGCACACUGAAUCCCCUGGUUCCCCUAGCUCCCCUCACUCCUACCACUCUCUGCCGCUCGGUGGGUCUUGCCAAUCAAUCAGAGAGUCAGACAAUACUACAUCAGUUCUGCUGUCCUGCCCCAGAGGCUGCUCCCACUGGCUCCUCCAGUGAUGGGCAGCUGCUGAGUCUGGAGGGCGGGAAUUCCUCCAGCGGACAGGAAAGAGAGGGGUCGGGGGGUGUGGCUCGGAGAGAAGGACCCAGCGACUACGAACUUGCCCUGGAGAACAAGACCAAACAGAUAGAGGAGUUGGAACAGAGGUACGGUGGCCACCUGGUGUCGCGGCGCGCUGCGUGUUGUAUUCAGAUGGCGUUCCGUCAGUACCAGCUCAGUAAGAACUUCCAGAAGAUCCGUAACUCUCUGUCAGAGAGCAAGUUGCCACGCCGCAUCUCCCUGCGCCGGCCCAACCCCAGCCGGGGCCAGAACCCCACCCAGCAACACAGCUUCCUGUUAGAGACCGGGAGACCCCCCCUGCGCCCUAAAACACCCCCACCACCCCCUUCACGCUCCACCUCCCUGCCCCCCUCUCCCGCCACGGGCCCCGGGCCCUCGCUCACACAGCUGGAGGACUGCUUCUCAGAGCAGGUACGCUCACUGGCCCAUUCGAUAGACGAGGCCCUGCGUGGGUGGAGCCUGUCGGAGGGGGUUGAGGGGGGGACAGCGGGGCUGCUGAUGGACCCCGGGGCGUUUCGGAUGGCUGCACAGAGUGCCUGCAUGCCUCGCAGUGCCAGCUCCCUGCUCAUGGCCUUCAGAGACGUCACCGUUCACAUCGACACCAACAACUACACCGUCUCCACGACUACCACCUCCACAACCACUGCUACCCACGGCAACACAGGGGCAGGAGCGGGAGGGAGCAGGCAAGUCUCAGUGGAUGGGGGAGAGAGGGGAGGAGGGGUGAGGACUCAAUCAACAACCUCCCAGCUAAGGGGUGAGGCGGAGUUUCCUGCCCCCCCUCCCAGUGAGUUGUUGGAGGGAGGAGGGUCGAGAAGGGGGUCAACUGUGACAGGGCAGGGGGGAGAGAUGGGGAGGCAGAGUGGCUCAGAGAGACUCAGUUCCACCUCUACCUCAGCCCAGUCUAACCAGUAUACCACUCAGUCAUCCUAUUCCCAGUACCCCCAGUACUCCACAUACCCCAAGGCUCAUCACCCCCAGUCCCAGCCAGGGUCCCAGUCAACCAGGGACCCCACCUCUGAGGCUCUCCAGGCCCUGGUCCUCUCUCUGCCUAGAGACCGCUGCCAGGACCCUACCUCCUGCCGAUCCCCCACACUCUCCACUGAUACGCAUCGCAAACGACUCUAUCGCAUUGGACUCAACCUCUUCAACGUGAACCCAGAGCGAGGCAUCCACUUCCUGAUCACCCGUGGUUUUGUCCCAGACACGCCCAUGGGCGUGGCCCACUUCCUGCUACAGAGGAAGGGCCUGAGCCGACAGAUGAUUGGAGAGUUCCUGGGGAACAGUAAGCUACUCUUCAACAGAGAUGUCCUAGACUGUGUGGUGGAUGAGAUGGACUUCUCUGGGAUGGAGCUGGAUGAGGCUCUGAGGAAGUUCCAGUCUCACAUCAGAGUCCAGGGAGAGGCCCAGAAGGUGGAGAGACUCAUUGAAGCUUUCAGUCAGAGGUAUUGUAUGUGUAAUCCCGAGGUGGUGCAGCAGUUCCAUAACCCAGACACCAUUUUCAUCCUGGCCUUUGCUGUGGUCCUCCUCAACACUGAUAUGUAUUCCCCUAACAUCAAACCUCAACGCAAGAUGGGCCUUGACGACUUCAUACGUAACCUACGAGGAGUGGACGACGGGGCAGACAUCCCCAGGGAGAUGGUGACAGGGAUCUAUGAGAGGACCCAGCAGAGAGAGCUACGCUCCAACGAAGACCACGUCACCUACGUCAGCCGUGUGGAACAGUCCAUACUGGGCAUGAAGACUAUCCUGUCUGUGCCCCACCGUAGGCUGGUCUGCUGCUGUCGUUUGUUCGAGGUGGCAGACUUCAACAAACCUCUGAAACAGAAACUGGCGAACACCCAAAGAGAGGUGUUCCUUUUCAACGACCUCAUACUGAUCCUGAAGCUGUGUCCAAAGAAGAAGACUUCUGCUUCCUACACCUUCUGUAAAGCCAUGGGUCUACUGGGCAUGCAGUUUCACCUCUUCAGCAAUGAAUACUAUGCUCAUGGCAUCACCAUGUUGAGUCCGUUCUCUUCAGAGAAGAAGCAGCUGGUGAGUUUUUGCUCCCCCAGCGGAGAGGAGCUCAGGAAUUUCACAGAGGAGCUACGUGAGUCCAUCACUGAGGUCAACGAGAUGGAGCAGAUACACAUCCAAUGGGAGCUGGAGAGAGAACAGGGGGUGCAGACUCACACUCCCCACACCAAUGGAGGACAGAUGGACACACUCAGUCGACACACAGGAUCACCCACUGCCCAGCAAGACCUGUAUGACAAGACUGGCAACAACACUGUGGAGGUGUCAAUUCACAAUAGGCUGCUGCAGACCUACCACAUGACCCAGCCCAGCCCUGAUAGGCUGCUCCAGACCUACCAUGUGACCAGUCCUGACUCCACCCAACUGGCUCUGGCAGCACCAGCCAUGCUAAGUGCCACCCACCCCGGAGAGUUCCGCCCAGACACCCUCAUUCAAUGCCAGCAGAUCGUCAAGGUGAUCGUCAUGGACCAGAGCGGCCGCGGGAGAAUGGAAGCUUUCCUCAACCAAGGAAGCCCCGCCUCCCACCACCGCCUCAUCCAAUCAGCGAUGUCCACGCCAGUACGGGUCAGAGAGGGAUCUGAGCCCCCUCUGCCUCCCCCUCCUCCCCCCUACAACCACCCCCACCAGUACUGUCCCCCCGACUCCCCCUGCCCUCUCUCACACACCCUGCCUCACCCCCUCCGCAGACGCAACUCUAGUGGCUGCCGCAGCCUCGUCUGACAUAUGACCCCCCUCACCCCUGACCCUACCACACCUUAUCAUGCGCCCUCUGACCUUUUGUUAAAUAGUCAUGUACUGUAUUGGUGAAACACACACAACACAAAAACUCAUAGACAAAGAUAGAGAAAAGGUGAGACGAGGAAGGGAGGAAGAGAAAGAGGGCGGGAAGGAAGUCGUCUGAGAGAAAGGGAAUAAGCCGAUAAAGCGAGUGGGGGGAUAAUAGAGAGGAUUCAAAUCAAUAUGAAAUCAAAGUCAUCUAAUGAUUUCAUGUGUAUUUUUGAAUAGGAUGUCAUUUUGACAACAUUUCUAAACAGAGAUUUUCUAAUCGUGCAGCUCUUGUGACACAGUGUCAUCUGUACAUAUCUAUAUCUGUUCCUGACUUUAGAAAGAACAAUUUAGGAUACAACCUCUCACCACCUGAUCCCCGACUCUAACCCUGCCCUGAUGUCACACAGCUGAUGGAACACACAGAUCUCCUCCAUGUGUGGAGCUGUCUGGACAUGGAGACAUGUCACCUCAAUGACAUCAACAUCAUCUAGGGUUUUAGCCCUCCUCUUUAGCACACGGUGUUUUGGUGAUGUGUGGUAAAAUAUGAUAAUCAGAUGCUAAUAAUACUUUUGAUCGUGAAGAAGUGAGUAUGUCUGAGUAGCAGGGAGGGAAGAAGUGAGUAUGUCAGAUUUGCAGGGAGGAAAGACUGUUUCUCCUGACUCCUGGCUUACAGAUGAUUACAAUCUGUAUUUCUAUUCGUAAUGUCGGACUUCUACCCUGAUUAACAUAUCUGCGUGUGCAUGUGUGUUUGAGAGUAUAAGGGUCUCCUAGUGUAUGUGCGAGUGAAAGGGUGUGUCUGUGUGUGCAUGUGUGUUUGAGAGUAUAAGGGUCUCCUAGUGUAUGUGCGAGUGAAAGGGUGUGUCUGUGUGUGCAUGUGUGUUUGAGAGUAUAAGGGUCUGCUAGUGUAUGUGCGAGUGAAAGGGUGUGUCUGUGUGUGCAUGUGUGUUUGAGAGUAUAAGGGUCUGCUAGUGUAUGUGCGAGUGAAAGGGUGUGUCUGUGUGUGCAUGUGUGUUUGAGAGUAUAAGGG